AUGGUUAUAGGUAUAGUGCCGUCCAACAAAGGAUCCCGAAGACGUAUCGAGAUAUUAUGCCUGUACAGGGAUUUCUAUUUUAUUUUCAAAGCGGCUUCCUGUCGAGAGGACAUCGAAUCGAAUGUUGUCGAUUAUUGUACGACUCACUCUCGACCUGGGUCAGUACCUCGGUCGGCCGGCUCGCGUGCAUCUUUAGGUUACGGUCAUAUCGCUCCAAAAACCCUAAACGGAAAAAUAGCCACUAUAUUUUACGCGAUUGUCGGUAUACCGCUGAUGCUCCUGUGCCUGUCAAAUAUCGGCGACAUAAUGGCGCAUUCCUUCAGGUUCCUCUACUGGAAAGUAUGUUGCUACACGUGCACCAGGCGGCAGAGACGAGUGCAGUCCCUAAGGAGGUCCCGCAGUCAAAGGUCCACUACAAGAUCACACGGCGGUUCCAGGACCACGUCACUAAAGAGAACAGGUCGAAUAUCGCAGAGAUCCGCCGACAGCGCUCUCGGAAUGUCGGACUGUUACACCAGAUCUUCUUAUUCGGACACCGAAUGCAGGUAUUACGAUAAAAUGGAAAGAGAGUACGCCAUGUUCGGAGGAGGGAUGCCCGUUAAAGCCCCUAACCGAUAUUCACAGCAGUCCAGGUACUCCGACACCGUACCGUUAAGGAGGCACUCCCCGGCCAUUAAACCUAGAUCGACCAGUCAAAACAGUGGUCACCGAAAUAAUGCUAACCAUUAUUACCACGGACGAUAUCGAGUACAAGAUCCAAGUUAUUCCGACGGUGAUCAACUAGACGGACAAGAACUGCAGCAAGUGCCAUCGAUUUUAUUUAACAAAUAUGCACUGGACAGAGAAGAAUCUAGAAGAAUUCAUCCAAAGCAAAGCCACGAGAUCCGCCGGAACAUCCGGGGUCACUCGGCCGCGCCGAAUUUAGCGACGGAAACGCCGUCCGGCACGUUGCGGACAAACGGCCGAAGCAAAACACCUCAGCAUCUGGUCGUGGACAUGCUGCCGAUGGACCAUCCAGAUCAGGAUUACUACCCGAAACCGAAAUUCCGUUCGAGACAUCGGAAUUCCAAUCAGAGUAGGUCUCGAGAAGAAUUCUUGGGCGGCGGUGGCUGCGGCGGCGGUGGAGGCGGUAAGGGCAAACGUUUGGAGGUGAUGGCGCCCAGCCCGCGGAUCAUGUCACCGCUGGGUUUCGCCGUGAACCGGCAGUACCCCCGGCGGUCGACCCGGUACAGCGACUACUACGACGACACGGAACCUUGCGAGUUCGACGACAACAACCCUGACCACAUCAAGCCCGUGCCCAUAUGGCUGUGCGUGCUCCUGGUGGUCAGCUACAUAAUCAUGGGCGCGUUCCUGUUCAAGAGCUGGGAAAACUGGGAGUUCCCGGACUCGGCGUAUUUCUGCUUCAUAACGCUCACCACCAUCGGGUUCGGCGACUUCGUGCCCGCCCAGCGGGUGAUGAACAAGGGCGACGACACCAAGCUGCGCAUAUGGUUCUGCUCGCUGUACCUGCUCUUCGGCAUCGCCCUGUUGGCCAUGAGCUUCAACCUCGUCCAGGAGGAGGUCAUCAGCAACGUCAAGACCGUGGCCCGGCACCUGGGCAUCAUCAAGGACGAGGACGAAGAGGAGUCGGAGUGA